AUGAAGCUCGUCACUACUGCUCUUCCCACUACCCUCCUCGGCCUUCACGUCGGGCUAUUACUUGCCGACACUGGGAAUUCCGAUGCAGGCCGCAUGACAAUCGGCUAUAGGUCUGGCCUGGCUGACGGGAAGCAGGACGAGGAAAGCCUCAUCACAGGCGCGGGCACGCUCAUCCAGAGCCGCAACACAGCAGCCACUCACCUCGGGCCGGGCGUCUACAUAGGCAACAGCCCGAUACAGCGCGAUGGCGAUAGUCUCUUUCUUGUCACCGCCAAUGAGGCCGCCUUUAUGAGCACGCCCAAGGUCUGGGUGCCCCCGGAGUACUGGACGCUGCCGGUCCGGGAGGACGACGCGGCGGCGCAGCGAGAGGCCAAGAUCGCCAGGCAGCAGCUUGACUACUACAUCGAGGAUCACGGGCUUCGUCCGUCUCGUACCAUGAGGCUGGCCAUGAUAGAUUGGGCCGACUCGGACGACAUCGAGCAGCUGCUUAUCCCAAACGACAUGCUGUCUCGGGACCGGAAUGGAGCUCCCAUUGAAACCCGUAGCAGACUAGAUACCCAGGUCGAAGGGCCAGUAGGGCGCUUCUUCUUCAGCGUCGACUACGACGAAUGGGAGGGCAUCGCGGGCAGCAAGGUCCUUACAAACGACGCACUCCGCGAAAGGAGCGCCCUUCUGGUGCAAAGAGCAGCCAAGGCGGCCAGGGCGGCCGACGAAAUCCUGGACUGGGACUCGCGCGCCGAAGCGGCAGAGGCAAUGGUGGAAGCCGUCGACAUGGCCAAGCGGUGUGCCGAGGGAGUCGGUCAUCUCCACCGACGGCGCCCCGAGUUGGUUGAGUUUGACGACUUCAACGCCGCGUAUCGGCAAUACGCCAACGCCCGCAGGACCGAGGCCAAGUUCCACAAGCUGACGCUGAUGAGGGCCGUGGAGACACAGAAGAGCAAGGCGGCCCAGGCGGCGGGGAGGUCAAAAGACGCCACAGACAAGGCUUCCUGGACCGCCGAGGCCGAAGACGCCGCCAGGCAGGGCAGGGGACUGCUCGAAAAGGCCGCCGACCGGACCAAGGCUUUGAAAAGAGCCCACGAGAGGCUGGACUCGAUCCGGAAAGCCUUGGACGGCGGGGAGGAAGAGGGGUUAGAGGCGCUCGUAAAGAACCCGCGGGCUGUCUGGGCCAUUCUUCAGGAAUCCUUCGUUAGCAUGGGCGGGAAAGAACAGGCAUCGCUAGACAGGGCUAUAAAGGACGAGGCAGCUAUUGCACAGCAAGAAUACUCCAUCCUCCAGGAGGGCGUCAACGAGGCCGGCGCCGUGGUCAGCGAGAUUGAGAAGACUGUCGAGGCAGCCCGUCCCACGGCCACAAAGCCGGAUGGUGUACUUUGCCAACGCGCGGCGGAGGACUGCGUCGGAAUGCAACAAGGGGAACGUGCCCCUACCGCAGAGACGGCCGACGGGGGCGAGCUGGUAGCGAUGGCCGAGCAGAAAUCCAAGGAAAACUUCAACCGUCUCUUGGAGGAGUUUGACUAUGGCCAACUAGUACAACACCCCCAGCUAUACGACAAGCUACGUGUCAAGCUUGAAGAGUUUCGCCCGCUGCCACGAGCCGAGAGAAUUGCUCGCUUGGCGCCUCACAAUGUGGAGGGUGUGCUGGGGGUCGGCGGCCUUGCACUCUAUGGUAAAGAUGUAGCGGAUGUAUUCUGGGAAGACACCAGCGUCCUCGAUAAGGUGGCGAGGAUCACGUCCAUCAUACCCAUCAUCGGCUGUGCCGUUCAGCUUGCAGAUGAUGUACAGAAGGAAUACGUCAACGCUGUCCAUACUGCGUUGUGCUUCGCUGAAGAUGCCCUCACCUUGUCUGGGUUAUGGGAAAUAGCGCUGGCAAUGCAGUUAUCAGAGCAGUUUGUUGGCUGGAUAACGGACGGAAACGAACAGAACAAGGAACUCGACACGGCGAUGCUCAGGAACAGGCUCAUAGGGGGGUGGCAGAUCAACUUUAGCACUGUGAUGGACCAUCUCAUGUCCGAGGAGUUUGCGGCAAAUGUGACGAUCAAACUCUCGUCGUAUAACAUCCUCACUUUGUACCAGGCGGCGCAGCUCGCAGGCGAUGUACACGCUUCUCAUCACGCCGUGUCGCGAAAAGCCAAGACCGCCAAUGUGAGACCACAGCAGGGAGAUAUCGCGGCGCAUGUGCAGCCCGAAUUUCGACGGCAAAUCUGCGCGACGAUAGCACAGAGAAAAUACCAGUUGCAGAAGGAGCUUGAGGACAAAACUCUCAGACAGGUUGCGGAACUAGCCGAGGACUACAAGCAACGGUUUUUGGAUGAUUUCCGGGAGGCAGCGACCAGAACUGAUUUCAUGCUCGGUGCUUUGGUCUCCGUUGGGGACGACGGUAUCGACCAAGCCAUCGCUGAGGUGGCAAAGACUCGCCUGCCCCUAUACGAGUCCAGGAUCGAGGGGGCCAUCCGAGCGGUCGUCGAGCGGCUCGGAACGUCGGCGCCUUGCACAUGUCUGCAGGGCCGCAGGAAGCGUCCCUGCGAGUUUGCACACUGCAAGCAGGCAGUGCCUCGUAUGGGUACCAUGGAUGCAGCAGGGAGAGUGUAUAUUAGCAGGGUGCGGUCCAUGUCCCAUGGCAAGACUAUUGGCGUAUCCGAGGAUUGCUUGUCCCUCUUCACAACCUGUCGGGGUCGUCGGUCGACCCAUGAGAUCGGCAGGCCGCUAUGGUGUACGGCGCAAUGA